AUGUAUAGCACCGGUUCUAUUUUCUCCUCUAUCUUUAUCUUCAUUUCAAAUACUCUUCAAAUAUUUCUUUUUUCUUUCUUUCUUUUCCUUCUUUCUUACACUAUUUCUUUCUUUCUCACACUCUUUCUUUCGUUUUAUCUUUCUUUUUAUUUCCUUCUUUUUAUCACUUUUCCUUCUUUUCUUUCUUUCUCACUCUUUCUUUCGUUUUAUCUUUUCUUUCUUUCCCUUCUUUCUUACACUAUUUCUUUCUUUCUCCACAAUCUUUCUUUCGUUUUAUCUUUCUUUCUUUUUCCUUCUUUCUUACACUAUUUCUUUCUUUUCUCACAAUCUUUCUUUCGUGUUUUAUCUUUCUUUUCUUUUCCUUCUUUUUACACUAUUUCUUUUCUUUCUCACACUCUUUCUUUCGUUUUAUUUUUUUCUUUUUCCUUCUUUCUUACACUAUUUCUUUCUUUCUCACACUUUCUUUCGUUUUAUCUUUCUUUCUUUUCCUUCUUUCUUACACUAUUUCUUUCUUUCUCACACUCUUUCUUUCGUUUUAUCUUUCUUUCUUUUCCUUCUUUCUUACACUAUUUUCUUUUUUCUUUUCACACUUUUCUUUCGUUUUAUCUUUUUUUCUUUUCCUUCUUUCUUACACUAUUUAUUUCUUUCUCACACUCUUUCUUUCGUUUUAUCUUUCUUUCUUUUCCUUCUUUCUUACACUAUUUCUUUCUUUCUCACACUCUUUCUUUCGUUUUAUCUUUCUUUCUUUUCCUUCUUUCUUACACUAUUUCUUUCUUUCUCAAUCUUUCUUUUUUUUUUAUCUUUCUUUCUUUUCCUUCUUUCUUACACUUUUUCUUUCUUUCUCACAAUCUUUCUUUCGUUUUAUCUUUCUUUCUUUCCCUUCUUUCUUACACUAUUUAUUUCUUUCCCACACUCUUUCUUUCGUUUUAUCUUUCUUUCUUUUCCUUCUUUCUUACACUAUUUCUUUCUUUCUCACAAUCUUUCUUUCGUUUUAUCUUUCUUUCUUUUCCUUCUUUCUUACACUAUUUCUUUCUUUCUCACAAACUUUCUUUCGUUUUAUCUUUCUUUCUUUUCCUUCUUUCUUACACUAUUUCUUUCUUUCUCACACUCUUUCUUUCGUUUUAUCUUUCUUUCUUUUCCUUCUUUCUUACACUAUUUCUUUCUUUCUCACACUCUUUCUUUCGUUUUAUCUUUCUUUCUUUCCCUUCUUUCUUACACUAUUUCUUUCUUUCUCACAAUCUUUCUUUCGUUUUAUCUUUCUUUCUUUUCCUUCUUUCUGACACUAUUUAUUUCUUUCUCACACUCUUUCUUUCGUUUUAUCUUUCUUUCUUUUUCCUUCUUUCUUACCCUAUUUCUUUCUUUUUCACACUUUUUCUUUCGUUUUAUCUUUCUUUUUUCCUUCUUUCUUUAUUUCUUUCUUUUCUCACACUCUUUCUUUCGUUUUAUCUUUCUUUCUUUUCCUUCUUUCUUACACUAUUUAUUUCUUUUCUCACAAUCUUUUCUUUCGUUUUAUCUUUCUUUCUUUUCCUUCUUUUUACACUAUUUCUUUCUUUCUCACAAUCUUUUCUUUCGUUUUAUCUUUCUUUCUUUUCCUUCUUUCACACACUAUUUCUUUCUUUCUCACACUCUUUCUUUCGUUUUAUCUUUCUUUCUUUUCCUUCUUUCUUACACUAUUUCUUUCUUUUCUUAUUUCUUUCGUUUUAUCUUUCUUUCUUUUCCUUCUUUUUUACACUAUUUAUUUCUUUUCACCUUUUUCUUUCGUUUUUUCUUUCUUUCUUUUCCUUCUUUCUUACACUAUUUCUUUCUUUCUGUUCUUUCUUUCGUUUUAUCUUUUUUUCUUUCCUUCUUUCUUACACUAUUUCUUUCUUUCUCACACUCUUUCUUUUUCGUUUUAUCUUUCUUUUCUUUUCCUUCUUUCUUACACUAUUUCUUUUCUUUUCUCACACUCUUUCUUUCGUUUUAUCUUUCUUUUCUUCCCUUCUUUUCUUACACUAUUUAUUUUCUUUUUCUCUUUCUUUUCUCUUUCUUUUCUCUUUUUAUAUUUCUUUUCUUUUCCUUCUUUCUUUUUUUUUUUAUUUCGUUCUUUCACAGUCUUUUCUUUUCUUUCUGUUUUCUUUUUUUCCUUUUUCUUUUUUUUUUUUCCAUUCUUUUUUUUUCAUUCUUUUUACUUUUUCAUUAUUUUUCGUUUUUUUUUAUUUCGUUCUUUCACAAUAUUUCUUUUUUUUUUUUCUUUCUUUGUUUUGUUUUCUUUUUCCACUUUCCCUCUUUUCUUUUUUUUUUUCCAUUCUUUUUUACAUUCUUUUACAUUUCUUACAUUAUUUUUCUUUCUUUCUUUCUUUCUAA